AUUCCAGCUGUUUUCCACAUUGUCAGUUUGGCCCUAACAUCAUCUCCCAUUACUUCUGUAACCUGCUAACCCUCUGCUCUCUUUUUGGAGAGAAUUAAGGUGAUCCCUCCUUUCCAUGCAGCCCCCACUCCCUGCGUCCCACACCCUGUUCCUGCCUCUUUUUCCAGCCCUCCUGUGAAAUGUCUGGGGAGGCUCUGUGUGUUGUAUCAUACUGAGAUCUGGACAGGAGAGAGUGGGAGAGCAGAGGGCAGGACAGGUAUAAAAGUCAAAGAGAGGGACAAGAUUUUUGGAAGAUUUUUUUAGUUUUUCUGUUCCUGUGGUUUGUCUUUACACCACGUCUAAACAUGUUCAGCUGGAUGGGUAAACAUCAGAAGAAGGAGACCCCAGAAGUCAUCCACACAGUGACGGAAGGUCUGAAGGACCUUUACAAGAAAAAGCUGAAGCCAGUAGAGGACUUGUAUCGGUUCCAUGACUUCCAUUCUCCGGCGCUUGAAGAUGCUGACUUUGAUAAUAAGCCCAUGGUGCUUGUGGUGGGUCAGUACUCAACUGGGAAGACCACCUUCAUCAAGUAUCUCCUGGAGCAGGACAUCCCUGGCAGCCGUAUUGGUCCAGAGCCCACCACCGAUUCCUUCAUUGCAGUUAUGCAUGGGGAGACAGAAGGGGUAAUCCCAGGCAAUGCUCUCAUGGUGGACCCCAAUAGACCAUUCCGCAAGCUCUCUCCUUUCGGCAACACUUUCCUCAACAGGUUUAUGUGCGCCCAUUUACCCAACAAAGUCCUGGAAAGCAUCAGCCUAAUAGACACCCCGGGCAUCCUGUCUGGCACCAAACAACGUGUGUGCAGAGGCUAUGACUUUCCUGCUGUCCUCCAGUGGUUUGCGGAGCGAGUUGACCGCAUCAUCCUUCUCUUUGAUGCCCACAAGCUGGAGAUAUCUGACGAGUUCUCUGAAGCCAUCCGAGCUCUGAAUGGCAACGAGGACAAGAUCCGAGUGGUCCUAAACAAAGCCGACAUGGUGGAGACCCAGCAGCUAAUGCGGGUCUAUGGAGCACUUAUGUGGUCUUUGGGCAAAGUGUUCAAUACUCCGGAGGUCCUGAGGGUCUUCAUAGGAUCGUUCUGGUCGGAACCACUGAUGAUUUCUGAUCACCGCCAUCUCUUCGAGUUGGAAGAGCAGGAUCUGUUCCAAGACAUCCAGAACCUUCCCAGGAAUGCAGCCCUGCGUAAACUCAAUGACCUGGUCAAAAGGGCUCGACUUGUUAGAGUCCACGCUCACAUUAUAAGCUAUCUGAAGAAAGAGAUGCCUGUUUUUCGUAAAGACAAUAAGAAGAAGCAGCUAAUUAAUAUGCUUCCCGUCAUUUUUGCCAAAAUCCAACUCGAGCACCACAUCUCCCCUGGAGACUUCCCUGACUGCGAUAAAAUGCAGAAGCAACUGAUGAUUCAUGAUUUCAAGAAGUUCCAUUCUCUGAAACCUCCGAUGAUUGAAGCUCUGGACGAGAUGUUGACCGUUGACAUUGCUAAGCUAAUGCCUCUCCUGCGCCAGGAAGACAUUGAUACAGCAGAUAAUGUGGUCCAAGGUGGAGCCUUUGAUGGUACUCACAACGGUCCUUUUAUUGAGGGGAUUGCUGAUGGUCUCCUUGAUGGUGUUGAUGAUGAUGAUUGGGUAGUUACGAAAGACAAACCAAAAUAUGAUGAGAUAUUCUUCAACCUAGCCCCCACCGAUGGCAAACUGAAUGGCACAAAAGCCAAAAACUGGAUGGUAACAACUAAACUGCCCAACUCAGUGCUUGGGAAAAUCUGGAAACUCUCUGAUGUUGACCGUGAUGGCAUGCUUGAUGAUGAAGAGUUUGCCUUAGCUAGCCAUUUGAUUGAGGUGAAACUGGAUGGUCAUGGGCUGCCCUCUGAGCUUCCAAGACACCUGGUCCCACCAUCCAAGAGAAGACAGAAAGGCUCUGCUGAAUGAGACCACACACCAACCCUCCUACAAGCAACUGUGCCACGGUUGAUCAUGUUAACUCCAACUUCUUGUGCCCUGACAUAUUUGAUAUUCCUCACUGAUAUAUGUCUAGUUUUCAGGGACACUUUUCAUCAAAUGUUACUAACAAAAUGAAAUAGCUUUAAAUGUAUAUCUGCAUCAAUAUUACGCGACUCAUAGGAACCUGUCAAAUUUCCAAGUUGCCAAAUGUGGGAGAGUGGAAGGUAUUUAUCAUUAAUGACCAUGGCACAUCAUUUCCAUCAGAACAAGGGACUCUGGCCUCCAAUGAUUGACCACAGGUCUUUAUAUAAAUAACAGGGUCAUGAAGAACAUCAAGUCACAAGCCCAGUCUCAGCAUCAACGUAUUAUGUGGACCUGUGACCUGAAUUCCUGUACUGUGAAAUCUUUACAGAGACCAUCACCAUCGGGAUGUCACAUAAGUCAUAGUUUCAGGGUUUUUUGUGAAGUUUGUGUAUCUGAAGCAAUUUUUUCACAAAUAUAAAUGUUUAGCAAAAUAUUUCAUGUAAGUAAUAUGAAGCAAACUGGUCUGUCCUCCACCUGCUUAAUUGCCCUUCUCCGUGCCAUCUAUGUGCCUUCUCCAUGCCAUCUAUGUGCCUUAUCCAUGCCAUCUAUGUGCCUUA